AUGGCGGAUGCCAGGAGAACCAAAGCCAGAGGGAAAGAAAGCCCUCACUGCAGCAAGCAAGGUGGCAUUCAGGCACAAGAUAGCCCGAUGCCCGCCACCACAAACAACAAGCACUCACUGCGACAUCAAGACAAGAUGCCUACCCCUCCAGACGCAACGCAAGACCGCGGCUCCAAAACCGUGGCAGGCCCGAAGCGGAAGGAAGGGUCGGAGGCACAGCAGGCCAGAGUGCACAUUACAACACAGGCUACAGACACCCAAAAAACGAUUUACCCUCAAGAUGCAGUGGGGAGCAGAUCCCGCAAGCGAGAUACAGCACUGUCCACAUGGGAUCCCUAUUGCCGACAAAGCACACAGCGACAUCCUCUCCAAAAUAGAGGGACAUUUCUCCGACUUCUGGCAGAAAUUAACACGCCUUUUGCUCCAGCCCUCUCUACCACACAAAGAAGCCUACUUACCCAAAAGCUCUCCACCUAA